GUGUGUCCCUGUUCCUGCUCGUGGCUGGCAUGCCCCCACCCGCUUUCCUCCUGCAAGUUGAGGUUUUCUUCUGCAUCACAUCCAAAUCUCUGCUGAAGCAUCGGCAGCUCCUCGGAACAGCCGUCAGAGAGAGGGCUCCCGUUUUGGCUGGCUUUGUCUCAGUCGCGUCGGUAUGUGAGUGAGACCCAUGGACCAAGGGGCUGCUGAAAGGAACAUUUGGGGGCUCCAAGAUCUGCGCUCUUAAAACAAGUGUUCCGCAAGAGCCUCCUUGCCACGGUCCAGGAUGGAUCCGCUCUUCCACACCCCAACUGGGGACGUCCUUUACAUGAGGAGAUUAGUCAACUACUCAUCCCUGUGGAACUUCACCUUGGACAACUGGUUCCACAACGAGACGACAGAUGGCUUCCUGCCCCUGGGCAUCAAGGUCACCAUUGUAGUCGUCUACUCCAUCGUCUGCAUCGUAGGGCUGGUGGGCAACUGCUCUGUCAUGUAUGUGAUCAUCAGAUUUACCAAGAUGAAGACGGCCACCAACAUUUACAUCUUCAACCUUGCCUUGGCUGAUACCCUGUGCCUGAUUACCUUACCUUUCCAAGGAACGGAUACCUUCAUGGGCUCCUGGCCAUUUGGGAAUGCUCUCUGCAAGAUUGCUAUCUCCAUCGACUACUACAACAUGUUCACCAGCACCUUCACCCUCACCAUGAUGAGUGUGGACCGCUACAUUGCCAUUUGCCACCCCAUCAAGGCGCUGGACAUCCGCACACCCCACAAGGCCAAAGUUGUCAACAUUUGCAUCUGGGCUUUGGCUUCGGUCUUUGGCAUCCCCGUGAUGGUGAUGGGAUCAACUGAGUACGAAAAUGGCGAGAUCGAUUGCCUAAUUAGGCUCCCUGAACCCCAGGCAUAUUGGGACCCAAUAUUUGGAAUCUGCAUAUUCCUCUUCUCCUUUAUGAUCCCUGUCAUGGUCAUCACUGUCUGCUAUAGCCUCAUGAUCAGGCGCUUGAAGAAUGUCCGUGUUCUCUCUGGAUCCAAGGAGAAAGAUAGAAAUCUCCGACGCAUUGCUCGCAUGGUCUUGGUAGUGGUGGCUGUCUUCAUUAUCUGCUGGACACCUGUUCACAUCUUUGUCUUGGUCCGGUGUCUUGGAGUCAAGGCUGACAAUGAGUUCAACUUAGCUAUCUUGUACUUCUGCACUGCACUGGGAUAUGCCAACAGUUGCUUGAACCCGGUCCUCUAUGCUUUCUUGGACGAGAACUUUAAGACGUGCUUCAAGAAGUUUUGUUUUCCUUCUGCCUUCAGGAAAGAGCUCCAGAUGUCCAACCGCAUGUGCAGCAUUGCCAAGGAUGUGGCUUAUGCAUGCAAGAACUCAGAUGGGACUAACAAUCCGGCAUGACUAGGCGUGGAAAUUCCCAUGGUGCCUGUCAGCCAGCAGAGCCCGACCACACCCACGUCGGAGCUUACUCAGAUAACGGCUCUUUGAAGUGGGAGCAUUUUGACCCAGAAGUGGAGACUCAUAUAAGCAGUUUAGGGGAGGAGCACAUGUUAGAACUGCCGUACAGAAGAGUGAGCCAUUGUGCAUCAGAAUGACACAUCUCCUUCUCUUCAAAUGUGUUUUAACUUGACUCUUGGAUUCCUUAAUGCCAUGGAGGCUGUUUGCUUUGUACUGAUGCAUAAAGCAUUUUGAAAUGAAGGCACUGACAUCCACCACGGAUAUUGCUGCGCCCCCUUGUCACUGCCAUAGCAGUGGGGAAGGGGAAGCGAGAGAACAUUCAUCACUUUGUACAGUGUGAGUCGCUUCAAUGGAUCAUUAGACAGUGAAGAUUGAGAAGGUGUUGCAUGGGAAUUUCCGGUGCACUCCACAGUCAGGUUUCGCUGGAGCUACAGCACACAACAGCAGUAAGUGAGAAAAAGAGAACAACCUUUCCAGUUAUUCAUUUAGAGGAGAUGAAGAAAUGGACCGUACAGUGUUGCCUGUGAACAGUGGAGCAUUGCAGCAUUGCUUCAUGCUUUUGACUCUUUGAAGUGCACAGCCUUUGAUGGAUGAGCGUGCUGGAAGAGAAUCAAAUCCAACGUGGUGGUGGAAGGUUGGGGAGUGCACUCUUCUUUUGCAUUUUUAAAAGAAAGAUUGUGAUGCACGUACGAGUGCCUGCACGUCACCUACACAAAAGUCUAUAGUGAGCAUCCUCAGAGACCACAGUGACAACUAUGAUUAAUGCGCAUUGGAAGGAUUUUACGCAAUGCAGCAAUGACGGCUGUGGACAAGCAUGACUAGAAUAAAAGGAGGGGUAAAAUUGGGGAUAUGAAAUGUUUCAAGCAAUGGCGAAGGAAGGAAGGAAAAGGGAAGAGAUGGCAUCCCUUUCUCUGCACUUUCUUCUGUACAAAUGGUGGCAGCUGUUUGUUUUAUGCAUAUCAUGUGUCUAGGGACAGCGAUAAAAAUAGCUGUUUAAGUCUAACUGCUGCUUCUUAUGGCAAUGCAGAUUCUAGGCAGGUUUCCUGAUGGAAACCUGAGAUGAAGCAUUCAGUCAAUUAAUUCCAUCCAAGUGUCUUAAUGCGGAGAGAACAAAUGUUUCAAGUUUAUUAGCAGGAGUGAGACAGGGAAUCCAGUGCUACUUGGUUGACUCGUAAGAACUCACGAGAAUCGCCUUGGUGGGCCAGACCGGAUCUCAUCCAGCCCUGCAGUCUCUUUCCAGCUGUGGCCAACCAGAUGCCUAAAAGCGGUGGCUGCCCUUGUUGCUUAUCUCCAAUAUUCUGAGACAGACUGCCUCUGUGCAUGGAGGUUUUGUAGAAGUAUCCCACCAACUGCCUGUCAUUAAAGGUAUUCAGAUUUGGUCCAACCACAUUGCAAAUGUAAUGGGGAGGGAGGGAGUUUGCUUUGAUGUGAAAUGCUCAGGGGACAAUCUUCCUGAUCAAUAAACCAUCAUAAACAGUACAUGGCCAUAUAGACAAGUGGAUUUUGGACUCAUGGAGGCUCAAAAGAACCUCAGGUAGGAGCAGUUUCAUCAAGCUUCAUAUGACAUGCAAAUGCAUGCUACAAAGCCCCAAUAGAGGGUUUACUGUUUUUGUUUGCGUGAGCAUGAAGAAAAGCAGCUUUGGAAGGGGACAAUUUUGAGCGGAGAAGCAGUAGGGAGGGGUUGUGUUUCCUGCUGACAAAAUAUUUUGGAGCAUUGUUGGGAACAGUGUUGAGUUUUGUGGGGUGCAGAGGGGCUGAAAUCAGUAAACCAGGAGUUCUCAACCUUGGGUGCCCAGAAAUGCUGGAUUGCAACUCCCAUCAUCCUCAGUCAUUGCAGCUGGAAAUGAUGGGAGUUGUAGUCCAACAAUAUCUGGGCACCCAAGGCUGAGAACCCCUACAGUAAAUGUGAGCAGUGCCAGUGAGCAAUGACCAAGGGAGGGGAGCCCCACACCCAGACCAGAGAUGGCUCAUGUAACACCAUGCUGCUCCUCAUGCACAAAUGGGCUGGUGACAUCAUGCAUUAGCAACACAAACCACCUCCUUCUCUGGCUGCCUCCAAAAUAUGACCAUCAGAGGGGGUCCAGGGCACCCUUCCUCUUGGUUUGAAGUUCAGUGACAGCAGUCAUUUAUAGCUUCCAACCCCCAUCAGCAACAACUAUUGGUUGCGCUUAAUCUUUUGCCCACUUCCUUGGAACGCAAAAGGUGUAGAAAGGAAGCUGUUUUAUACUGAUUCGGACCAGAUUGUGGAAUGCACUCCCUGCUGAGAUACAAUCCUCCCCAUCUCUGACUAUUUUUAAAAAACAUCUGAAGACCCAUCUCUUCACCCAAGCUUUUUCAGCUCUUUAAAUUUGUAGGUUUUAAUUGUAUGCUGUUUUAAAUUGUUAAACUGUUUUAACCUUUUAUAUUUGUGUUAAUUGUUUUUAUGUCAUUGUUAACCGCCCAGAGAUGAAAGUUUGGGUGGCAUAUAAAUUAAAUCAAUCAAUCAAUCAAUCAAUCAAUCAAUCAAUCUGUCCAUCCAGGGCUGCUGCCAGUCAGUGUAGACAAUACUGAGCUAGAUGGACCAAGGUCCUGACUCAGUAUAAGGCAACUUCCUAUGUACUCCUUUUUUUUCAUUUCCAAACAUUUGGAACAGAAACAGUAGCUCUCUCAGUGCCAUGUACUAUUCCCUCUGUGGGGUUCUGGAUGCCUUUUUGCAAAAUGAGGCAAAUGUCUGGAAUCUUGCAGGGAGUAAAGUAGCUGAGAGAGAUUCAGGAAGAAAAUGGCAGGCAGGGGAAGGGAAGAACUCCAUCCCCACUGCUUCUCUGUCAAAAGUAUCCUCUCCCAUGGCUUCUUAUCCUUACAAAAAGUAGUCACCAGGGCUUCAUUAAAUGCAUUGACAUGUAACAUAUAGCUAGGCCUUUAGUGUGCCUGGGAAAAUUGAACCUUUCCUUACUGUGCCUGAGAAAACAGAUUUUUUUCCCCCACUAGCAUGAAGAAAAUAGCCACCAGAAUGACUAUUUUAAAAAGAAGAAAGCAUCCCAAGGAAGUGACUUAAAAACUGAAGGAAGGAACUGUGAUUCUUCCUCUUACCACUGAUUGUACAGACUCUUUGUUGAAAUAUUUCUUGUAACUGGUUUGACGAGAUGAUGUAUUUUUUCACGUGUUGGUCUGCUGGGUGUUGGAACGCUUCCUAUAUGCUGUAUGACUACCAGCUGCUAUGUUUCCAUGUUGUGUAAACCUUGUCUCUUUCAGUGGGGCUUCAGAAACGCUGACUGUGACACAGGUAUAACUCCUUGCUGUUUGUGUGGAAUAGGAACGAUCGAGGAUGAGAAGUAGCACUGUAGCGCGUCUUCUGAGAACUGCUGAAAUCCAAUAACUGAUCAAGUGCCAAUGAAAUGCAAAUAGUUCUUGUCAACUCAUGAGGAAAAAGGCAGAUGUAAGAACAUGUUGAAAUGAAAAAUUAUUACCAUGCAAUUUCAUUCCCAGAGAAUAAACCACCAAAUUAAUUACAAUAAGGUCUUUCACAUGACCAAGAACCAGAAGGUAGGAGGCAAUAAACCCAGCUUUUUCUACCUGUGAGAACCCAUGGGAUUCCCACCUACCCAGCCCAUUCAAAUGCAGGAAACCCUACUUCUUAACCAUGGCUUUUACCGAGGUGGGAUGAAAAUAGCAGCUUCCCUACCUCAGUUUGCUGAUUGUGUAUAGAAAUUCCCAUUUCAAGCAGUCUCUGGGAGCCAGCAACCAUGUUUGUCAGAGAGUUAUGCAGCAAGAAGGGCCAAUCAGAGGAGAGCUACUGGUGUACUGAGGGCUAGUGUACUGAGUUCCCAAUGCAUUAUGGGAUACCUCCCUUGAUCCCUGGAGGACCCAGCUCCCUGAGGCAACAAUGGAGUCCACGGCUUCCAUGUUUGUGAACAGAGACUCUGCCCAUCUUCCAGGAAUGGGAUAGGAACUCUUCUCUCUCCCAAACCAACUGGGAUAGGAACUCUUCUCUCCCCCAAACCAUCCCCAGAUGAUCAUGGGAAAGACUGUACUGCCUGAUAUCUAGACUGGUGCCAUGCUUGCGCAAUGAACAAAGUGGUACUUGUGCAAGAAAGUAAUACAGCUGAACAAAGUCCCAGAGACGUUCAAAGUUGCCCACUUGCAUAAAAGUUGCCUGCAAAACCUAUGAGAAGCAGUUUCAUAGCAGGAGUCGCACCACCUCGUUGUGCUCACACACACAUGCUAGUGCAACACUAGUCAGGAUCACAAGCUCUUGACUUGGCACUUCUGGCUAACAUGAUUGUGCAAGCACAGCACCAGUCUGGAUGUCAGCACAUAUCUUUGUUUUUAUUUUUCGCAUUUGUAUCUCAAGGUUCCUCCAAGAAGCCCAAGGCAACAUAUAAUUGGUGGCUGACAUACCAUGCAGUGUGCAGUCUUUUCAAAGAGGGAUGCACGCACAUGGUUUAUUAGCCAACCAAGAGUCUGUCCUCACUGCUAGCAAAGGUGGGAGGGGCUUUAUUCCCAAGGGCAAAAGCAACAGAGCAGUGAUUAUGCACAGCGGAGGGUGCACAUUGGAGUCUCCCCGGCCAACACUGCCAGAAAGCUCUUGACUGGCUAACAAGCCAAGGUGGCACACUGCUCAGUAUGUCAGCCAGUGUGCCGAAAAAUCCUAGAUCAAGAAAUAAGACCAGCCGUUAUCACAAUCUAAAAAGCAUACGUUGGACUAUCCCAUGUUUUCCUCACAAGAGCCCUGUGAGGUAGGUUAGACUGGGAGGUAGUAACUAGCUUACAGCAGCCAUCCAGUUAGCUUCCUGGCAGUGCAGGGAUUUGAGGUUGCCUCCUCAUUCCAACACUUCUAAUAAUUGCACCAUACUGACUUUCUUACUCAGUUUAUUAUUAUUACAUGUUUCUCGAUGAUCUUCAUCGGAGCAACUCAGUGAGUCAGCUCAUUGAUGCAGGCCAUGAACAUCCUGUAUCAUGUACUUUCCCUCAUGGCCUCUAGAUGCCAGAACAACGUGCUUUUAAAAAAAGAAAAAGUUCUUGGGGACUAAAAGUCUUGGUUCCUAAAUGUGGUUGCUGCUGCUGCUUAGCUGUUGUAUUAGUUCUUUUGUUUUUACAUCUCAUUGUGCGAUUGUCUUAAAUUAUGUUGUUGUGAGCUGCUUUGAGCAUCUCCUGGUGAGCUGCAAGGCAGGAUAUACAUAUUUUAAUAUGUUAAUUUGCAUUUGAAAAUUCUAAAGUUUGCAGAUUCAGUGCCACCGCCCCUCCCCCAAGGAACACCUUUGAGAGCUUGAAAAGCCCCCAAAUGGAUGUCUGCUGCAUCCUUCUGCAUCAGUGUUUUGAUCUUCCUGAGGAAGACAGAAUAAACGCCUACAGAGUUAUCCAACCACCAGCACAAGACCCUCUUGAUACCUUUGAAGUCUUCAAAAAUUACAAGGGGCUGGUGGGCUGGUGAAUAGAAACCUGGGCGCGCACCUUGUUACCUUUAGAAAAUACUUUCUCUGUAAUGAUUACAGAUGGGAAUUGUCUCCCAGGCAGACAGAACAAAGCACUUGCACAAUCAUCCAUCCAACAGCCUACUGGGUUGUUUAUUGCAGAAAUUACUUGCUAGGCAUAGAAUUGCUUUACCACCAGACACCACCCACCUAAUAGUCUAGCAUCAUCCUGAGGAUUUAAAUAUACACACCCCUACACAUACAAAUCCCGAUGCACAGCUCUAGUUAAAAUUCUGAUUUUAUAAAUGGGGAACUGAAGUUGAAGAAAUAGAAUAGAAACAUGGAGACUGCAGUGUGAGGUUCAUGAAUGCAGAGAAGCAGAAUUCCUCAUCUUGGUUCUGCUAACAAACCACACCUGUAGUAUAAAAGAACAGACAACAAGACAAGAAGAGGUCUAAGCAGGUGCUGAGAGAGAAACCUACAAGUGAAUGUGUUUUGUUUUAUAGCUGCUUCCCUCAUAGACACAUCUUAUGUAGAUUUGACUACAGGUUUAUUCAGAAAAAAACUCCACUUCCUCCUUCUCCUUUCCCUCCUUUUUUUCCCUUUAGGAACAUAGGAAGGUGCCAUAUACUGAGUCAGACCCUUGGUUCAUCUAGCUCAGUAUUGUCUUCACAGACUGGCAGCGGCUUCUCCAAGGUUGCAGGCAGGAAUCUUUCUCAGCCCUAUCUUGGAGAUGCUGCCAGGGAGGGAACUUGGAACCUUCUGCUCUUCCCAAGGUGGCUCCAUUCCCUGAGGGGGAAUAUCUCUUAAAGUGCUUACACUUCUAGUCUCCCAUUCAGAUGCAACCAGGGCAGACCCUGCUUUGCUAAGGGGACAAGUCAUGCUGGCUACCACAAGACUAGCUCACCAGAGCAGCACUCCACUGCACUCCACACAUACUCUCUACAGGAUCCCCAUGGGACAAACGUCUCACCAACAAAACAAAAGAUUACUAGAUAGACUCCAACAGACUGAAGAGAUUUUCUUCUCACAUCUGAGCAACUUAAUUUUAAAAAUGGCUGCCAAUGGCAGACUUGGUCCCUUUUUACCAUGUGGUCAAAGUGGCUUGCAAAUUUAGGGGAGAAGAGCUGGACAUUUGGUAGCAAGCCUGACUUGUCCCCUUUGCUAAACAGGGUCCACCUUGGUUGCAGUUGCAUGGGUGACUACAUGUGAGUACAGUUAGAUAUUCUCCUUGGAGGAUGCGGCCUCAGUGGGAAAGCAUAAAAGAGCAGGGGCAAAGUUUUAAAGUUAUAUUGAAAGCCGGGCCGGAUUAAGCUAGUGCAGGGCCUGUAGCAUAUGUUAUUAAGGGGCCCUAAAUUUUAAAAAAUGCACAUAAAUAUUAAAACAUAAAUUAUUUACUUGCAUAGUAAAGUGAUUCAAUUUUUUCAUUUGCUAUAUUUUGGAGUAUGGGAGACCAAGCCACAAACUCACACUUACUACAACAACAGUGAACACUUAUAUACUGUUUUUCAAUCAAAAUUCUCAAAGUGGUUUACACAGAAAAAUAAAGAGUGGAGAGAUGAUUCUCUGUCUCCAGAGGGCUCACACUCUAAAAAGAAAAAUGUGGUAGGCACCAGCAACAGCCACUGGACAGAUGCUGUGCUGGGCCUUCUCUUAAAAGGCACAUUUAGCAGAAAGGGGAUAUUUUAUCUAACAUGGACCAAACAAAACAGGUAACAUUUUAACUUUAAUUCCUAGUUGGAAGCUGGCAAUGUGGGGCACUCGAAAACGUGGGGCCCGGAGCAAAUACUACAUUUGCUACUACGUUAAUCUGCCAUAGUAGAUUGAAAGCAGCUAUAAGACAAGAUACAUGGAUAGACCUUACUUUAAGAAUGCCUGCUGAAACCACACAAUUUUCAACAUCCUUGCACAUUUACAAUAUAAUGAAUUACUUUAUAUUACAGAAUUAUCAGCCUAAUACUGGCAGGAACUGAUUAAAUACACAAUCAAUUAUUCAUUCAUUCUAUUGCCCUUUAGUAUAUUCAGCGACUGAUAGCCUGACUAUGGUUGUGUUUGUGCACUCUUUUGUAAACCGCCAUGAGAUGCUGGUAUGAGGCAGUAUAUAAAUGUGAUAAAUAAAUAGUGCAAGAUCAUGUAGCUGUGCUAAAUCAGGAGGGUUUUUGAAAUGGCACUCUUGCACUAUCAUGCAAAAGUUCUUGCAUGCUUGCAUUAGCGCAACACUCAGGAAUGCAAGCCCCAGCCUUGAUUGAUUGAUUGUUAAAUUUAUAUACCGCCUUUCAUUAAAAUAAUCACAAGGGGGUUCACAUAGAAAAAGUUAAAACAAGAAUAUAAAAAUUGCACAGUUAAAUUAUGCUAAAAUAUAAAAACAGAUCUAAUUAACUUUUUAAAAAAAUACAUACAUACAUGCCUUAGUGCAACUAGCUCAUGCAAUGGCCUUGUGCUUGUGUAACACCCUCAUGCAAGCACAGGGAUAUUUGUCAGGAUGUUGGCCACUGGCUUACAAACUUUGGGCAUGAUUCUGCCACAUUUAGACAUUUAAAAAAUAAAUUAAAUCCAAUGGGCCUGCAAACCACUGAUAUUGUUAUAUCUGCUGGAUACCAAAGCCUUCUUUGCCUCUGUAAAUACAAUUGGUGUCCCUUGCACCCAAGUACAGCCACAUGAAACUGGCAGACUUCUACAGACCUGGUUAGGGUUUAAGAAUAGUGGCUUGGAUACCACACAUUUUCCUAUCGAAGGAAGAAUGGGGCAUGUGCCCUGUGAGUGUGGAAAGCCCGUGGACACUGCUUGCAAAUGCACAGAGCCUCUGUGGCUCUUAAGGAUUGCAUCAUCACUCUAGGAUGCUUCUCCCAUCAUUCCCAAUGGUCAAAGCAUCCUAUUGCUCGAAUGCAAUUCAUAGGAGCCACGGGGGCUCUCUGUGUUUGCAAGCAACAUUGAUGGGAUUUCUGCCCUCAAAAAGCCAGUAUGCAUGCUUCAUUCUUCAGUGGGAGCAGAAAUAUUUAGAGUAGAGUGCCUGCACUCUGGGAGAGCUACUUAGAUUGGAAAUAUAUCACUGGAUCAUCAGUGACACAUUUCCAGUCAAAGCAGUGGGCCCACUACAUUAAGUAUUUGCAAGACUGCCAGUGCUUCCUGAGUAGCCUGCCACAGCUUGAGUGGGUCAUGACCACCAGCAUUAGGCUACACAAUGAGGCGGUAUCAUGAGGCGGGUCUCACGGUCAGAGCUGGGAGGCAGCCAUGGGUGGCCGGAUCAGCCUCCCACAUGACUGCUGGCUCUGUGACAGAGCCGGCGGGGAUUGGGGGCCAUGUGGCCCCCGGAAACUCCGGCAUGCCCUCCGUGAGUGCGCAGGGCCUGCUGGAGAGACCCCUGAGCCGGGAUGCUGCUUUUUAGCAAUGGCAGCACACGAUCUGUUAACUCCAGUUAGUGGAGCACUCACUCUGCUAACCUGGGCUAAGGGGAGGGCUUCUCAAGCGGGUUUACACGACCAGCAAAAAUCAGGUUAGGCUCUCCUAGCCCGAUUUUUGCUGGUCGUGAGAAUAGCCACAACAUAUGGGCCAAUAAAACCAGCGCUCUCUCUCUCUCUCUCACACACACACACACACACAUUCAUAGGAAUAUAGGAAGCUGCUUUAUACUGAGUCAGACCAUUGGUCCAUCUAGCUCGGUAUAGUCUAUACCAACUGGCAGCGGCUUCUCCAAGGUUGCAGGGAGGACUCUCUCUCAGCCCUAUCUUGGAGCUGUCAGGAAGGGAACUUGGAACCUCCUACAUGCAAGCAGGCAGAUGUUCUUCCCAGAGCGGCUCCUUCCCCUCAGGGGAAUAUCAUACAGUGCUCACACAUGUGGGCUCCCAUUCAAAUGCAACCAGGGUGGAACCUACUUAGCAAAGGGGACAAUUCACACUUGCCACCACAAGACCAGCUCUCCUCAUUCAUUCUAUGUUUAAUAACAAUUUAGAUUAUUGGAAUGAAUACUUCAGUUCUGCAUCAGGCAUUGAGAGAGGUAGUCUGGUGUAGGGUAGUGGCAGAAUAUUGUGGUUGGACUACAAAGUCCCAGGUUCAAAUCCCUGCAUAACUGUGAAGCUUUUUGGGGAUCAUGCUAUCUUCAGCCUAAUCUAUUUUACAGGGUUGUAGUGAUAAAAUAAAAUCCAUAUGCUCUGCUCUGAGCUCCUUGAGAAAGGUAUGAUGCAAAUUUAAUAAACAAAAGAUUCUUAGGAAUGCACAUUUAAAAAAAAAAAAAGUACAUGGAGACAUGUUUGUGGUAUAUAGGAUUUUUACUAUAAUGCUCCAGCACUUUAAAACUCCAUUUGAAUUUCCAUCCACCGACCUUUAUAGCAGUGAUGUGGUGUUUCCAGGGAACAGAAGAAAAGUGCUGAUUUCUGACCACUGAACUUUUCCAAGAGGAGCAACACCAAGGAGAAGAAAAACAAAAACUGUAUAGCUUUAUUGCUCUGUGCCUAUGGAAUUCAAAGGGCCGUGACUGGCUGGCUGGUUGAAAUGCAAACUUAAUUAUUUACAAAAAUGUUUGUGACGUUGAUAUGAGUGAGCUUUCUGAUUAUUGCUGUGCAAACGGCCAUUUACCUAGGCAGCUACUUGUGCUUUAAGAAAAAUAAAAUUAUGCACUUGGAAA